AUGAACCCUGGAAACGAUAACUGGCACUCCUCCGGUGGGCCGCCGUCGCAUCCUGCAAUGGAUCAGAUGAAUCAACAGCCUCGGCCCCUGGGGUCUUUCAAUCAAAACCCCUCCCAGUCCUCGGGCCCAGUUCUUCCCCCUCCAGCUGCCUCCUACCACUCAAGCCAAUCCGGAGGCCAUUCACUCCCCGGGCUGGCCGAAUUGAGCCAGACCCACGGAGGUCAGCACCAACCCCCAGCUUACGGCCAGCACCCCACAGGCCCAUCCCAUAACACCGGCCACUCUCUCCCUGGAAUUGGCCAGGCAAUGCAACACGCCUCUCCCCAGCUCAACCGUGAGCGCGAACGGGACUCCAGAGAGCGUGAAAUCAUUGAGCGCCAGCGCCAGGAAGAGAUGGCUCACCGUGAGCGGGAGCGGGAGCGCGAGCAUCGCGAGCAGAUCGAGCGCCAGAUCGAGCGCCGUGAGCAGCCUCAGCACCCUGUUCAGAGCCACACAGGCUCCAUCCCUCUCCACCAGCCUGUCGCCAACAAAGUCCCCAACUCCAUUCACGGACCCGGGGGUCUUCUGUCAACACUGGGUGGAACCCCACAGAAUGGCCACCAGGGUGGACCGCAGUCUGCGGCUGGUCUUUUUGGCCAGAUGCCGCACGGGGAAGGAACCCCCCGUUCGUACAUGCAACAUCCUGCUGGGCCCCCAGGGCAGCCAAUGAUGGGCUACAAUACUCCGGGGCAGCAGAUCCCCGGGAAUGUGGCCGCGCUUGCUCAGGGCCAGCAGCCUAUUUUGAAUGAUGCGCUCAGCUAUCUCGACCAGGUAAAGGUUCGAUUUGUUGACCAGCCUGAUGUAUACAACAGAUUUUUGGAUAUCAUGAAAGAUUUCAAGAGUCAGGCAAUCGACACCCCUGGUGUCAUUCAGCGAGUCUCGACUCUUUUCAACGGCCAUCCCGCCCUGAUUCAAGGAUUCAAUACCUUCUUGCCUCCCGGAUAUCGAAUCGAGUGCGGUACCGAGGACAACCCCGAUGCGAUCCGUGUGACCACUCCCUCGGGAACCAACACCCUGAGUAUGCCCCGUGCCGGACGUCCUUUUGAAACCAUUUCGAAUGUCCCGCCUGCGAAUGACCCCCAUACUCGUUCUGAAUUCUACCGUGACCAACCCCGUCCUGGCUGGCAACAAGGCCAGCAAGAGCAACAGCAAGGUGGUGCCUCUGGAUCAUACUCCCCUGGUUCGCGGAUGAUGGCUGGCAUCUACUCUCAAGAUGGGGCGGGCUCAGCUCAAGAUCAGCAUUACGGCUACCCCACUGCGCAGGAACAACAGGCCGCCGCUGCCAUGACGCACCAGCAAGACCACCGCGGAGUGGCACAACUACAAGGCGCCGCCUCAGCGGCAUCUGCUGGAUUGGGCAGAGGAUCUCUUCUUGGAGUUGCAGGCGCGGGGCAGAAUCCCAGCCUCACCCAGCCAAUGAAUAGCCUGGCUGGUGUCGGAACUGGUAUGCUCCAGGGUGCCCAGGACUUGAAUAAGCGCGGCCCCGUAGAGUUCAAUCAUGCGAUCAGCUACGUCAACAAGAUCAAGAAUCGCUUCUCCAGUGCUCCCGAGAUCUACAAGCAGUUUUUGGAAAUACUGCAGACGUACCAACGGGAGUCGAAGCCCAUCCAGGACGUCUACGGCCAGGUGACUCAGUUGUUCAACACUGCGCCUGAUCUGCUGGAGGAUUUCAAACAAUUCUUACCGGAAUCUGCCGCGCAUGCCAAACAAGUUGCGGCCCAGCGUCAAGCCGAAGAGCAAGCCCCUCUGAGUAACCUCCGUGGGGAACCUUCUGGCUUCGCUUCGCAGACCCCCAACCGUGAUGUCAAGAUGCCUCCCCUGGGUCAAUUCAACGUCAAAGACCCCAAGGAAAACAAGAAGCGUCGUGGUGGCCCAGGUGGGGUUGGUUCUAUCUCGGGACCUGCUGGCUCCGAAGCCGCUCGUUUGUCUGAAGCCGGUCGUGGGGCACAGGGACCAUUUGGAAACGCCAGCAAGCGACCCAAAUAUCACCACGGCAAGCCUUCCAUCGAUAUGGCCAACGUGUCUCCUACCUUGAUCCCCGCGCUUCCCGAGCCCCUUCCUCCCUCGGUCUCUAUGACCCCCAGCCAAGAAGAAAUCGCCUUUUUCGACCGUGUCAAGAAGUUCAUUGCCAACAAGCAGGUCUUCAGCGAUUUCCUCAAACUUUGCAAUCUAUACACCACCGAUCUUCUCGACCGACAUGUCCUGGUCAAGCGGGCUGAGGGUUACAUUGGAUCUAAUGCCGAACUCAUGAACUGGUUCCGCCGUUUCAUGAGCGCCGAAGAACCCGAGGAUAAAACAAUCGACCCCAAGGCCCACAUGGAUUAUGGUACCGUCAACCUGGCCCACUGCCGUUCUCUGGGACCCAGCUACCGUCUUCUGCCUAAGCGCGAGCGCCAGAAGCCAUGCAGCGGUCGCGACCCGCUCUGCACUAGUGUUCUCAACAAUGACUGGGCAUCACAUCCCACCUGGGCCUCGGAAGACUCUGGCUUUGUUGCGCACCGCAAGAAUCAGUAUGAGGAUGCUCUGCACCGUAUUGAAGAGGAUCGCCACGACUACGACCACCACAUCGAGGCUUGUGUCCGCACUGUUCAGUUGAUCGAACCUAUCUGUCAGCAAUUCUUACACAUGACUGACGCUGAACGAAAUUCAUUCAAACUGCCAGUGGGUCUGGGAGGUCAAAGCGAGGCAAUCUACCAACGUGUGAUCAAGAAGAUUUACGACCGCCAGCGCGGCGCCAAGGUCAUCACCGACAUGUUUAGCCGCCCCUGCCAUGUUCUCCCCAUUGUGCUCUUCCGUUUGAAACAGAAGUUGGAGGAGUGGAAGGCCUGCCAGCGCGAGUGGGACAAGGUUUGGCGUGAGCAGAUGCAGCGUGCAUACUGGCGCAGUCUUGAUCACCAGGCCAUUGCUACCAAGCAGACCGAUAAGAAGCUCUUCGUCGCAAAGAACAUCCAGCAGGAGCUGACCAGCAAGUUCGAAGAUGCGAAGGCAAGCCGUCAGAACGGAUGGAAUCCCCCCAAGUGGCAGGCCGAAUUCCUCUUCUGCGACAUGGAGGUCCUCUUGGAUGCCGUCUUCUUGCUUAUCCUCUAUUUCGACCGCAGCACCAAUGGCUUUGGUGCCGAGCCCCAGCGUCUUAUCAACUUUGUCAAGGAUUUCAUUCCUAUAUUCUUCGGGCUUGACCGUGAAAUCUUCAGCCAGUAUAUCGAGGAGGUUUCUAUUGCUAUUAAUGAUGACGAGGAUGCUUAUGCCAAUGAGGACGCCUCCAACGGCAGCCGCAAGGUAGUUGACACGCAAAAGCUGGACCUCUUGCGUGAGGCCCUCGAACGCGGAAUCCAGACCGACAACUCCACCGAGGCGGACGGCGCUCCAAGCAAUGAAGAAACCCCCGUUGUCAGCGCCCCCUCCACCGAAUCUGAUGAUGGAAGCUCCUUCAAUGCCGCCGACCUACGAUGGAUGGAGCACCCGGGCCAGGGCAACUUCAACCUGGAGCACGAAUACACUCUGAACGAGAGGUACAAGAAGAAGGAGCACCACAUGUACUCCAACUUGAACAUCCUUUGCUUCCUUCGCACGUUCGAGAUUCUUUACUCCCGUCUGCUCCGAAUCAAGGAAAAUGAAGCCGAAGCCCGCGAGCAGGUCCGCCGCGGUCUUGUUCCCAAACCAGCUCAUGAUUUGUGCCUGAUGGAUCGCUUCCCCACUGACUUCUUCUAUGAUGUGGAUCCCAAGGCGAAUCUCUACAAGCAAAUCGUUCGCAUGUGCGAGGAGGUGAUCAAGGGUGACGUUGAUCAGAUGCACCUCGAGGAAACUUUGCGCAGAUACUACAUGGAGUGCGGAUUCCUCCUCUAUAAUCUUGAGCGCAUCUUCUCCUCCGUCGCCAAAUUCGUCGCAGCCAUCUUCACCGGCGACUCCCGCGACCGCAGUUCCGAUAUCGCCAAUCUCUUCUUCAAGGAACGCGAGAAGGGUACAUCCACCCACCACCAGGAGAUGCAAUACCGCAAACAGGUUGAGCGUCUCAUCAAGGAUGGCGACAUCUACCGCAUUACUUUCGUCCCAACCACUCGCCGCGUCACUUUCCAGGUGAUGACCACUGAAGAACCAACCCUCGCCGCCGAAGACCUCAGCCCCGAGGAACGCUGGUCCUACUACGUGACCGCGUACUCCAUGCGCGACCCAACCGAAGGUGUAGAGUUUGCCAAGGUGAAAAUGCCUCUUCUCAAGCGCAACCUCCCUCCCAAGCUUGAAGAAGACGAGGAGUACGAUCGCUACUACCGCACCCUGCAGCACAGCGAUGGCCUAAUCAUCCGCAUCUGUGCCAACAACUAUACCAUGCUCUACCAGCCCACCAGCAUUGACUGGUUCUGGCGCUCGACCGCCCCCCUGCACGAGAAGGAUGCCGAUGCCGAGACCAUCAAGACUCAAGCCGAAGAUGCAGACAAGGAGAAGGUCGCUCUGAAGGAGAAGCGGCACGAUCGCUUCCGCGAGAAAUUCGUGAAUAACCCUUCAUGGGCCCGCGGUCUCAGCAAGGACCAAGUCGACGAAUCCAAUCAGCGUUUCCGCUCCUGGGUCGAUGGCACCAUUACUUCCCCUGGCGCCGUUGACCCGAAGGAGAAUGGAGAGCGUAAGGAAGAUGAUACUGAGAUGACAGAUGCUGAGCCCACGGAGGCUUGA